AUGGCGACGAUGGGACCAGAGGCAGUAGCUCACGAUUGGAUUGCGAGGUAAUAACGGAUGAAGAACCUCUCCCUACAAUCAUCUUACAGAAAUCAUUGGACAAGUUGUCACAGGCACUGAUCUCCACAUGGCAAACCAGUGUGGAGGGCCUGAAGAAAGACAUAAAGGAAUUGGGAUCUUGCACAGCACAGGUUGAAGCUAAAAUGGAAGAAAUAGUGGAAGCUCAUAACUCUGCUGCUGAUAAAAUUAAGCAAAUGGAGAUCCAACUUACUUAUUAUGAGCAGAAAAUAAUGGAUUUAGAAGAUAGAUCACGACACAGUAAUCUUAGAAUUCGAGGAGUUCCAGAAUCAAUUACAAUAACAGAAUUACCUAAUUAUAUACUCAAGCUUUUUAAAACCCUGGCUCCUGAAAUAUCAACAGAUAUGUUUUUAUUGGAUCACCUGCACAGGGUUUCUAAACCUAAGCAUAAACAAGCUACUUUACCCAGAGAUGUGCUUCUUAAAGCACAUUAUUUUCACAUUAAAAAUCUGCUCCUGAAAAAGAGUCGUAACAAAUCUGCUACCUGA